UGUACCGUGUUUUUUAGUUAAUAACGAAAUCGUUCAAAAUAACAUUCUCUAUUAUUCUGUUGACUGCUAAUUUUGCGUUUUUACAAAGUUAGGUAUAAUAUUAUUGAAAACGAUUAUUAACUUUUAAGAACUGUAAUACUUUAUGUAUUACAUUGAUCACCAUGGACAUAGGAGAACUUUUGGAUUAUAAACCUGCCAACACUCCGAAACGGCCGUUACCCGAGGAAGAAGUCAGUCAAAUUCAGGAGAAUGAAUCAGAUUACGACAGACAAAAAAAAUUAAGGCGCUUGGCUAAAGCUCGAGUCCAACAAAUUGAAAAACAAGAGCAAGAAAGGUUGAAAGCCGAACAAGAAAGGAUUGCUGAAGAGGAACGUAGAAAACUAGAGCGCCAAGAAAUGGUCCAGAAGUUGGUUGAUGAAAAUUUAGCUGACUCUGAUGAAGGAAUCUUAGAUGAAACAGCUCUAAAACGAAUGAUUUUGUUGUUUGAAAAAAAAGUAUUGAAGAACCAAGAAAUGCGAAUAAAAUUUCCCGAGAAUCCAGAAAAAUUUAUGGAAUCAGAAAUUGAAUUGCAUGACGUUAUAACAGAAAUGCAUGCUAUAGCCACAGUACCAGACUUAUAUCCAGUAUUGGUUAAUUUAAAGGCUGUUGUGUCACUACUUGAACUACUGUCACACGAAAAUACUGAUAUAGCUGUUGCAGUUGUUAACUUGUUACAGGAAUUAACCGACAUUGAUACCUUAAAUGAAAAUGAAGAAGGCACGGAAAUAUUGAUUGAUGCGUUGCUUAGCAAGCAAAUAUGUGCUUUGUUGGUGCAAAAUUUAGAACGCAUGGAUGAAUCCGUUAAAGAAGAAGCAAAUGGUGUACACACAACAUUAGGAAUAUUUGAAAACAUAAUGGAACUUAGGCCUGAUGUUGUAGUCGAUGUCGGCAAACAAGGUUUGAUUCAGUGGCUAUUGAAACGAAUUAAAGCAAAAAUGCCAUACGAUGGUAACAAACUGUAUAGUAGUGAAAUUUUAUCAAUAUUGCUACAAAAUAAUGAAGAAAACCGAGCUUUAGUCGGUGAAAUUGGAGGAAUCGAUAUUUUACUUCAACAACUAGCUUACUAUAAAAGACACGAUCCGGCAUCAACAGAUGAACAGGAGAUGAUGGAAAACUUAUUUGACUGUCUAUGCUCAUGCCUGAUGGAUAAACAAAACAGAGAUCGGUUUUUGAAAGGUGAAGGACUUCAGUUAAUGAAUUUAAUAUUAAGGGAGAAGAAGUUAAGUCGCAAUGGUUCGUUAAAAGUGUUAAACCAUGCCUUGUCAGGCCCUCAGGGAAAAGAAAAUUGUAACAAGUUUGUUGAUAUAUUGGGGCUUAGAACAAUAUUUCCUUUGUUUAUGAAAACUCCAAAGAAGAAUCGAAAGAAAAUGCUUAGCACAGAAGAACAUGAAGAACACGUGGUUUCAAUAAUUGCCAAUAUGAUACGCAACUGCCGUGGCACACAAAGACAACGUCUUAUGACAAAGUUUGUUGAAAACGAUUUGGAAAAAGUCGAUAGAUUAAUGGAACUUCAUUUUAAAUACAUGGAAAAAGUUGAAGAAAUUGAUGCCGAAAUUGACGAAAAAGGCGACGAAGAUGAAGACGAGGUUUACCUUAAGAGAUUGAAUGGAGGAUUAUUCACUUUACAAUUGGUCGAUUACAUCAUAUUAGAAGUUUGUGAUAGCGGACCAAGUAUUAAAAAACGAGUCACACACAUAUUAAACAUGAGAGGAGACACGUUAAAAACCAUCAGGCAGAUAAUGAGAGAAUAUGCUGGUAAUUUAGGCGAAGAUGGCGAUAAAGAAUGGCAGGAACAAGAGAAACAUCAUAUUUUAAAGAUGGUUGAUAAAUUGUAAGUUUGUAAAUAGUUUAAAUGAGGUAAACAAUUUAUCAAAAAUUAUGUAAAUACAUUUUUUAAUGAAUACAUGAAUAAUAAAAAUGACUAAUACAUUUUUAUUAUUAUUAUUAAUUGUAAAAAUUGCAUAUUAAUAAUAAAUAAUAAUUACUCUUUAAA